AUGUAAAAACAUUUACGUCCGCCUGUCAUAAAGUUCGGAGUUCAAAGAAGAAAUUAAAAUAUUUUCCAAAUAAAUCUUAAAUUCACAAAAAAUGGAUAUCAGACUCAGAAAUGUAUUUGAUAAAUAUGCCACAUUAAUCACUAACAACUCAGAAGUUACUGCUGAUGUUGAGAUGUUAUGCAAAUACCUCAGUUAUUUUGUAUCGGGAAAGAUAACAGAUAAUAGUAUCGUGUCUGAGGGAUUAUUUUCGUUAUCAAAUUUGAUGGUACUCUUCAAUGAUCAAGUCAUCAGAAGAGAGUUAACGAAAGACCAAGCAAGGGACUAUGUAAAUGAAACAGAAGAAACAAUCAAACUUUUUCUUACAAUUCUUGAGAAUGUUGAAGUUCUUGUCGAGAUUAGUUCAAGAAAAGCGUUUGGAAAUAAGAAAAAAUUCAUUAUAAUCUUCAUUAUUCAGGCUGUUAAAUGUAUUGGAAGAUUAGUGUUGAUUGUUAAGUACAAAAAUCGCAUCUCGCAAUAUCCAGCAAUUGAACAUUUAGAUCGCAGAAACCUAAGAAUGUCCAGACGUACAAGUGCAUCAAUUGAUGAUCUUCAGCCUGAGCUCAAUAAUACUGCAAUUACAUUACAAUUAAAACGAUCUGGCAAAGUUAUAAGAAAAGUCGCUCAGUCACCUCCACUUCAUUCGCGAUCAUUCAAAGCUCCAGAAUUGGCUUCCACUGACAGAUUUGGUGUUUACAACCACGAAGCAAUCAAACAUGCUGAACUUGUUUAUAUAUUUAAACCAAUGAUUCAUUUGGGAGCUGUUAGUGCUUUUGGAUACAGCUCGUGGAAGUCUUACUUACUUUCGAUGUUCUUGGAUGUGUUCAGCAUUCGUCAAUACUACAAUAAUCGACAAUAUUUGACAAAAGAUCAAAAGAAAGAACUGUCAAGACGUUGUGUUAACAUGCUUCUGUACAUUCUACGUUCACCGUUCUAUGAUAAAUAUUCUAAAGACAAGAUUGACUCAUUUAUGAAGGCGAUUUCUAAUACAAUCCCAUUUGCUAAACUUAUCGUAGAGCCGUAUCGUUCUUACAUUCCACAUUACCAAGAAUCAUAUUUCUACAUGUGGAGUUGUUAAUUUUACAUUUUAUAAGAAACUGAAAUGGUUUUUUUAUGUUAAUGAGUUUAACGAGGGAAUUUUUAUGGCGUUUAUAAAGGUGUAAUUAAGAAAACAAAAGAAUAUAAUAAAAAUAUCAAGUUGUUUAAAGUUUCCAGAAUCACAUAAAGAA